GGUGACAGACACGGAGCUGAAGUCUGGGUGGAUCCGACCAGAACCGGGACGAACAGCAGCCUCACACGAUGCUAGCGCCUGGAAACUUCCAUCCAAACUUUCUAAACAACCGCCCGAGCUGUUGUUUGAACUCCGUGGGGUGUUUACCCGUUUGCUGAAGUGUGGAAACACUUCGGUCUCACAGUUUCACCUGAGUGACAAAACAAAAGAAACACAACAUCAACAUCAUCAGACUGAAAGCUUCUCAGUCUCCUCAAAGUCACACAACAAGGUCCUCUCUCGUACCUACAAUGCCGACCCUCGAGUACAGCGGUGACCUGCACGCACUUUGCUCCGAGCUGCCUGCCAUGUUUGAUGGCAUGAAGAUGGCAGCGGUGGCAGCGACCCUGUACAUCAUCGUCCGCUGUCUGAAUCUGAAGAGUCCCACAGCUGCACCAGAGAUCGUGUACCAGGACACAGCGCUCGGCCGCUUCCUGCUCAAGUCCUGCCCCAUGCUGACCAAAGAAUACAUUCCUCCCUUGCUGUGGGGAAAGAGUGGUCAUCUCCAGACGGCCCUGUAUGGCAAGAUGGGACGUGUCAACACACCAACGCCCUGCGGGGUCCGCAAGCUCCUCCCCAUGCAGGACGGAGCCACGGCGAGUUUCGACCUCUUCGAAGCCCGAGGGGAUCACAGCACAGGAGGUGAUGUUACCAUGGUAAUCUGCCCUGGGAUCGGUAACCAUAGCGAGAAGAACUACAUUCGGACCUUUGUUGAUCAUUCCCAGCGGCAGGGUUACCGCUGUGCCGUCCUCAACCACCUGGGAGCGCUGCCCAACAUGGAGCUCACGUCGCCGCGCAUGUUCACUUACGGUUGCACCUGGGAGUAUGCAGCCAUGGUGGCUUACAUCAAGCGGGCCUUCCCCCAGACGCACUUGGUGGUGGUGGGCUUCAGUCUUGGGGGGAACAUUGUCUGUAAAUUCCUAGGCGAGAACCGAUCAAACCAGGAGCGCGUGCUGUGCUGUGUCAGCGUGUGUCAGGGGUACAACGCCCUCAGGGCUCAGGAAACAUUCCUACAGUGGGACCAGUGCCGCAGGCUCUACAACUUUGUGUUGGCGGACAACAUGAAGAAGCUCAUCCUGUCACACAGGAGCAGUUUGCUGGAAUUGAGCUCCAGCUGCAUUGGUGAUGCAGAUCUGAUUAAACUGCACGCAGCCACCUCUCUGAUGCAGAUAGAUGACAGCAUUAUGAGGAAAUUCCAUGGAUACAGCUCCUUAAAGGAGUACUACGACAAGGACAGCUGUGUGCACUACAUCCACAAAGUUACUGUGCCUGUCCUCCUGGUUAACUCCUCAGACGACCCACUGAUUCAUCAGUCACUACUGGCUAUUCCUCGCACACUCGCAGAGAAGAUGCCCAAUGUGAUAUUCGUCCUAACCCAACACGGGGGCCACCUGGGUUUCUUCGAGGGAGCCGUGCUGUUUCCUCAGCCGCUCACCUGGAUGGACAAGGUCAUAGUGGAGUACACAAACGCCAUGUGCCGCUGGGAGAAGAACAAGCCAGCCUGCCAGAGGAGCAGCCAUCAGGACAUGAACCCCUGCCUGCAAGCACAAGGUUAACCCUUAGUGGGUAACACAUACUGUACAUACAGUAUACUACUGGAGACAAAACAGACCAUAACAAACGCGCACACAGCCCUUUGCUACUGCUCUACUUUGGUACUAAUGGCCUUAACCUACCUAGAUUAACUAAGACAGGCUGGUGGAGGUGAAAAGUAGAACUUACAGAUAUAAUAAAACCUUCAAGGAUAAUAUGACCCUAAUAUAUUAAGCAGCAACAGUUCACCCUCUGCAGGUAGCUCAAAAGAAGUUAAAAUCCGUUUUUUCCCCCUGUCCGAGUAGAGUUUUUUAUCAUCAGCCAUAGAUUGUGAAGCAAAGCAGUAUCUAUGGAAAUGUUAUCCAUAACCAUGAAAAUCACGUUAGCUACAAUCAGAUUGUUCAGCUUUACGUUACGUUUACUAGAGAGCAACCAUGUUUCCCUUUUGAACAUGUGUGAUGGGAGGGGGAAUUAUUUUAUUAUUAUUUUCACAGUCUUGUACUUUUGCCUUUUUCCGUUAUCCAGUGUUUGUUUUCUAAAUCCAAUAUUUUGUGGUCAUGAUCAAUCUCGUAGCUGCUCGGCCUGCUCGUUCCAGGCUUAAAACUUUUUUAUAACGAUUUUCUGAAACAUCAAUGGAAAAAAAAUGAGUACCAGAACUGUUCUAAAGAACUGUUCUAAAACUGGGUGGUCACUUUUAAGCUCUAUACUUGAAUAUCGAUCUGAAACUUAACUCACUUAGAGAAAGUGUGAAGGCAAACAGUUUGAAGUCUUAAAAUCUUAAGAAGAAGAAUUUCAAAAAUACCUGAUGCUUCAAUAUAUUUGAGUUUCAGUUUCUGGAAUCUGAGGAGCAGCAGAACAACAUGGUUUAUGGUUUACAGUGUGGAUUUCCAACUGUUGUUAUGGUUCAGUAUAACAUAAAUUGGGCUCAAAAUUGGAUUUUAAUUUCCUGAAGCUGCAUUUUAAAUCUUAGAUAUGACAAUCCUGUUGUUUUAUUGCAGCAAAUUACUGUAAAACAACAUACAGUUUGGUGUUAUUAUGUGGUUUGAGGCUCCAUUUUGCUCACUGGACACUGAUGUGCAGUUUCUUUGCGUUUCAAUGGUGUGUGACGGAUCAUCUAGCUGCAUUCUUGCUCCUGACCUUCAGAAUAAAAGACUCAGGUCACAACAGCUUUAUUAGAUGUUACAACAACCCAGUCAGACAGAUAUUGUAUUUGUUUCUAUUUAAUAACAUUUUUAAUGAUUUGUGUAAUUGAAUGGAAAUAUGGACCCUACAUACAAACUACCUUUAACAUUGCACUCCAAACAGUGUAGGUGUCUGGGUCAGCUUGUCCCAUUCAGUUUUUGACCCAGAGGCCAAAUUACAGCUCCUCUGACCCUCAUGCCUCCUGUUGUAGGAGGAUGGAAAGGAAUUUUCUUAAUGAUGCCGUCUAUUUGGGUUAUUAGGACAAAAAUGUGCUUUGACACAUUUACAAACCAGAGCAGUUUGUCAGAAAAUAAACUGAAGCAAACGGCUGCUGCGUCAAACCUUGUUUACGAAUAGUUCAACAGGAAGUAGAGAAGAUUGUGUGACUGGGACUUAAACAGCUAGAGUAUAAAAUAAAAAAUGUAGUGUUUGAUUCUCAGUUUACACACUUACAUACAAACUAAUGGACCAAAGCACUUUUGACUUUAAAAUACAAAGCAGCUCAUCUUUGUCAUUUUUAAUGAUGCUACUGCAUUGCGGCCACAUAACCAGCACAUAUGACUUUGCCUCAAAUACAGUGGAGUUUCCUAUUAGACAAUAUUUAAACAAAAGCUAACUACUAGUUUUAAUAAGUUUCCAGUUUUCUGGGGUUUUUUUAAGCUGCUUAUUGCUGCAUACAAGAAAGAUGGAGUUUGCUGUGUAAAAUAAUGAUGUAUACAUAAUUAAUGUCGUGAAUGGAGGAGUGAAAAUGUUUCUUUCAUUUAAAACACAGCCCGGAAUUUAGCUGUGUCUCAUGAUUCGGUAGAUUUCCAUGUGUAAUGUGUUGAUACAAUGAGACAACAAUCAAACAGCUCAGUACAGCACAUACCUCCACCAAGGCUCAAAAGACCCCUUAGAUUCAGUCAAGCUGCAACAAAUUUCACAAUCUCAUAGAGAUCAGUUCCAGUUCCCAUGAUUUAUUCCCUGAGAAAACAGUGAAAAUCUUAAAAAACGACAACACAGCACAUUGUAGUGCUGUCCUUGAAAUUCCAGCUUCGUUGAAUCUGAGCUUCGUUGAUAUACACUGGAAUUUCUGCCAAAUUCCAAGCAAAUAAUAAGAAAAUUUGCUAAAAGACUUUAAACAGCACUGCUUCCUUGAUGACUAGAAGACACAUUCAAAUUCAAUAAAUCCAGAUUCUUAUUUGGAUCUGCACAAAAUGACACAACAUAGACCCUUUUUCGCAAUGUUAAAUGAAGUGAAAAAAAUUGGAUCUGCUCCCUGUAUCCGGAUCCGCACCAAACUUUAACAGGUUCUCUACUGACCCAUACCAUAUCCAUACAUACAGUUUAGAGGUAAACUGUUCAGUAGUUUUUGUGUAAUCAUGCGUACAAAAUCAAACAAACAAACAGACGGGGCUAAACAACCUCCUUGGUGGAGGUAAUAAGAGCUGCAUUUUCUGUGCUGGAAUUCCUUUUUGAUUUCUGUGGUUUAUUUUGUUCUUUUUCUUCAUGACUUUGAGAAGUGCCUAUGGUUUGUGUUUGAUGUUAAACUGAACUGAAUCCUGAAACCUGCGGCAGCAGCACUCCUCUGUCUAUAUGUACAGUACAGUAUGUCCUGACUGUUACAGAUAUAGACUCUUUUGCCUGCACUUUACUUGCCUGUACAGUUCUUUUUUACUGUAUGACAAUGUGUAUCCUUAUAUGGGUGUAAUAUGAAUGUGUUUUGAUCAUUUUUUUAUUUGAGCACACCGAUUUAUUGAUAUUUUCCACAAACAUUUACGUUUGUUUAUUUUAACCUGAUCAGGGUUUUUUCGUUUUUUUUUUUUUUUUUAUAGAUUUUUAGAUUGAUACAAAUACAACUUAUAUUUAUAUACAGUUUAUUGUACAUUUAUUGACAUUCUUAUUGGUGCAAGGGGUAAAACUUGUAACUAAUACUCAUAUUGAAGAACAACCUAAAAGUUGGAAUAUCAGCUUUCAAGGAGAGACUGGGGGGGAGUGGAGAGUGGAAACUGAGUAAUCUGGGGCCUGCCAGUGUCACAACAAGCUGUGUGGAUCAGCUACAGUCUGAACAAAGCACAACUUCACAGAGGAGCAAGAAACAGCGUCUCAGUAUGCUGCUCAAUGCUACUGAUAACAGAUAUAGAAUAUACAGAAUACUGUAGAGUGGAGUAAUGACUGAAUGUUGAGAGUCAGAGAAGCCGCCUUUUCCUCCGUAUCUGUGCUUUGUCAGGACCUCUGGCAAACAACAUCACUCACACACUCAUGACUUUCAAUUUCAUUCAUAUUUUUUUUUCGCUACAACCACACAGCUAGAAUUUGAGUCUCCACAGUCUAUGGGAGUGUGCAAUAUCUUAAUGAUCGAUGGAGGAUGUUUAGUCAAACAGCUUUGCCGCUAUGGCCUUGCCGUCGUACUUGGUGCCUUUUCCGUCAAACUCAGACGGCAGGAUGUCGGCGUCAAACUCCUUGUAGUAGUUUUCCAGCUCGUCUCCAUGGACGAACACCUGAGGCAGGGACGACAAUCUGUUAGUCAUCACAGACUGUGUAUUCAGUUUGUAAAUGUGUGAACAUUUAUUUAAUUUGAUUUCCUAACUAUAAAACCGUGAGGUGGGAAUAAUCCAUAAA